UCACCCAUUGAAGGAAAUUAUGAGAAGAAACUUCACCUCGGUGACUGAGUUUAUUUUUCUGGGACUGACCGAUUACCUGGAAUUACAGGUUUUCUUCUUCGUGCUCUUUCUGGCAGUUUAUGUGGUCACGGUGGCAGGGAACCUGGGCAUGAUUGUACUGGUCCAGAUCAACGUCCGGCUCCACACACCCAUGUACUUUUUCCUGAGCCACUUGUCCUUUGUGGAUCUCUGCUUCUCCUCCAAUGUGACUCCAAAGAUGCUGGAGAUUUUCCUCUCUGAGAAGAAAACCAUCUCCUAUCCUGCUUGUCUGGUGCAGUGUUACCUUUUCAUUGCCUUGGUCCACGUGGAGAUGUAUAUCCUGGCUGUGAUGGCCUUUGAUCGGUACAUGGCCAUCUGCAACCCUCUGCUCUAUGGCAGCAAAAUGUCCAGGAGUGUGUGCAUGGCCCUCGUCUCUGUGCCUUAUGUGUAUGGAGCCCUCACUGGCCUGAUGGAGACCAUGUGGACCUACAACUUGUCCUUCUGUGGCCACAAUGAAAUUAACCACUUUUACUGUGCUGACCCUCCACUGAUUAAGCUGGCUUGUUCUGACACUCACCACAAAGAAACAUCAAUGUUUGUUGUGGCUGGAUGCAACCUUUCACUUUCUCUCUGCAUCAUACUUAUUUCCUACCUUUAUAUAUUUUCUGCUAUUUUGAGGAUCCGCUCCAUAGAAGGCAGACACAAAGCUUUCUCUACCUGUGGCUCCCAUCUGACAGCUGUCACUAUAUUCUACGUAACUCUAUUUUUUAUGUAUGUCAGACGUCCGUCAAAGGAAUCUGUGGAACAGGGAAAAAUGGUUGCUGUAUUUUAUACUACAGUAAUCCCCAUGUUGAACCCUAUGAUUUAUAGUCUUAGAAAUAAAGAUGUGAAGGAAGCAUUAAUCAAAGAGCUGUCAAGGAAGAAAUUUUCUUAAUGAAAUCACUAUUAUUUUGGU